UGACUCAGUCUCCGUGUGGCGUUGACGCGUAACUGUCAAAAAUCCCGCGCGAAUUACGAUCGUUGUUUUUUUAAUAUUUUUUUUUUGACGAUUCGGCAUUCGUAAGGUGUUGUAAAAAUGAAAUACUUCGUCGCAUUCGCCGUUUUCGCCCUCGCUUUUGCAGCGGAAGAGCAGAAGGAGGAGGAAAGGCCGAAGACUUUCAGGAGAUUGAUCCCGGCUGACGUGUUAAGAGACUUCCCCGGAAUGUGCUUCGCGUCAACCCGUUGCGCUACCGUCGAGCCCGGCAACACCUGGGACCUGGCGCCCUUCUGCGGCCGCAGCACGUGCGUGGUGAGCGAGGACACGCCACCACGUCUACUCGAGCUGGUGGAGGACUGUGGACCUCUGCCUUUGGCUAACCCUAAAUGCAAGCUUGACACUGACAAGACCAACAAGACGGCUCCCUUCCCCGGCUGCUGCCCAAUCUUCACUUGCGAGGAUGGUGUGACUCUGGAAUACCCCGAGCUGCCCACACCAGCCCCAGAGGCCGAAGCAGAGAAAAAAGAAGAAGAGAAGAAAGCCUAAAUAAGUAAAACAACCCGGGCAUUUCACAACACCUAACAACCCUAUCCUCUGGGAAAACCAAGCCACGUGAUUGGACGACGAUCACGUGAUAAUUUUAACGCAGCAAUCUGAUUGGUUGAUCGAUUUUUUAGUGAUGGUGUGUGAAAUGCCCUAAACUUUUGCGUUUUUUUUAAAGCGCGAAUUGGUCUCAAAAUAUUCCUUAAAGAUACCAAAUUUUUUUGUUGUUCUGUUGACCGAUAUUUUGCCACGACGUUUUUUUUUUGUAAAAUUACUUUUUUUUCUUGCCGUGUGUGUAUAAUGCGAUUCGAAAGUUUUUUUAUCUGAUCGGUCAUUCAGGGCAUAUUUUCGUGGUUUGCAAACACAAUGCUGUGAGAAUGAAUCACAAAUGAGUUCAAAAGCGAAUAUCUGUUUCCUGUGUUUCAUAAAAGUUACAAAAGAAAAAAAACAGUUAGUUUAGUCAUUGUGACAAUGGAAAGCGUUGUAUUGACAUAAAUGGGACGUUGUGAUUGUACUUUACGCAGUUAGGAAAAAAAUACAAAAAAUGUUCCGAUUUUUCUAAAAAAAAAAAU